GGUCAUUAAUACUCAGAUGAGCAAUAGAGCUAGCAUACAACAAUUUAAUCUUCCAAAUGAAAUUUUGCCAAAUCCGAAUGUUGGUAAUAUGGCCCACAAGAAUGGCCACUCCACAUUGUUAAAAGUUUUAAAGCAUCCUGAGACAGAGGCUUAUUCUGCUACACAACCGGAGAAUAUAGUAGUCUCCUAAAAUUAAUAUUAAGACCUCCCAGACAUAUGAUGAACAUGUUAGCCAUCGGGCCAGGUGGGGAAUUAUGGAGCAGACAUAGCUCCUGAGCUGGUGGGUGGUGGUUGCUAUCUAUAGCUGACAAGCCAGCAGUGACCAGCAUGUGCACUGCAACACAAUAGUUUUGUGGUGUACUGUAAAAGCAUUUAAAAAAAAAACAUUGUUGAAAUUCUCUAGGGAGACGAAUAAAGUGUCACACAAACUAAAAAUACAUUUAUGAAAUAUAAAAAAAUUCCACCCAUAAUAAAAGUUAAAAUCACAUCCCUUUUCCUGUGUUUAAAUAAAUGUAAACUACAUUUGGUGUUGUCACAUGCCAAACGAAAAUAAAAUAAAAUGUUUUCACGUGCAGUGAGCAAAAAAUGGCAAAAGAUUUUUUUUACACAUUAUAUGGUAAAUUGAAAAAGUACAAAUAAAAUAUGCAACCUGUCCCGAAAAAAAAAUAAGCACCCAUAUGAAAAAACAAAAACAUGAUGGAUCUUUUAAGGCAAGGAGGAAAAAAACAUUAAUCAAAGGAGUAACCAGCGAUCAGCCUGUUGGUCAAAACAUUAAACCAAUAAUUUGGGUAAUAUGCACUGUAUAUAAAAAAAAGGGCUCUGUAAAUGUAAAAGUAAACCUUGGAAUUGUGUUACUACAUUAUAAAUAUAGAUUAUAAAUAAAAAUUCAAUAGGGAAUGCCUGCUAAAAAUUCUAUCCGACGAAACCAACCCUCCAGUCAUAUGUCACAACAUAGAAACAUUUAUUACAGAAAAAGUCAAUACAAAGACAAUACUUAAUAGUUUUUUUUUUGGGGCAACAUUUAUUAAUGAACUAUUCUCAAAUAGGUUAUCAAUCAAUCAUAUUGGUGUGGUGCCUACACAUGGCACCCUCACCAAUCAGCUUUUUGCCAAAGCUGCAGAACAGACAUACACAGUGAAACAGCAGAAAGUUCCUUCCAUUGUGUAGCAGCCAAGAUGGGUUACUGCAGCUCAGCUUCCAUUUAAGUGAUUCUUAUCAGAGCUUAUCAUUCUUUUUUAGUAUUUAAUGUUUCAAAUAAAUUGAUUUUCCAUUGAUGAUUUUAGCUCUUCUGGUUUGUAUUUUUCACUGAUGAUUUUGUUUAAAUUGCUGAUGUUACCUUUGUUUCAUCACCCAAUAAAGCCCAAGUGAGCAUCUAAUUUAAGUAUUGUUAAUGGGUGAUAAAUGUUUAUCUAUGUUGUGAAGUAUGACUAUGUCAUACAUAAAGAGAACUAUAUAGUGAAGGAGGAGUCUGAAAUCAGUUUGCCUUCCCUACUGUAAAAUCCUGUCUACUGGGGAACCAGUAAACAAGAAUCUUGAAUGGAUAACAAUGCUUUGAUCCAUACUAUGUUCAUUCAAAUCAGUAGGCCUACACCCUGUUGAUUUACAUUUAAAAUAGCAUGAUGAUUUAAAGAAAGCGUGGACUGAGAACAUAUACAGAAAAAAACUGUUUUCAAUCUUGAUAUUCUUGCUUUGAUCUUUAAAGUUUGUUAAUAAUGCAAAUGUGAUUCAAAUGAGUACAGUGAAUACACUACUAUAAACAUAAAAUCAAAGGCCAGUGUAAUGUGGUUGUUUCUAUGUCAUGCUCCUUCAGAAUUGUUCUACUCUGUUGUUUUAUGUCCUGUAUACCUGUAUUUAGCCUGUAGUUUCUUACAUUUCCUUUAUUUUAGUCUAUAUUCAUGUGUAUAUUACUUGCUUACUGUUUAUGUAAAUAGUCCUGUAUUUUUUGAAUACAUACCAAUGAUUAAAAUGAAUGUCCAGUUUGGAGCUGGUUUCCUAUAAUACUUGGCCAUUGAUAAUAUGCUUUACUGCUGGAGCUCCAAUUUAUCCCCGGAAUGACUGCCAAUAUGCAGUUAUGAUUUCAUUUUUUUUUUUUAAUCUAAAACAACAGCUCUUCCAAAAUAACAAUGCUGCUGCCUCUAAGAAUGUGUUUUUUUGUUUUUAAAGCCAUUAGUUUCCUAUGGAUUAAACAUAUGCCAAAUACAUUCCCAUUAACUUCUGAAGUAUCAUAUCUGUGUCCUACUCCCCAGUGGGGAUAGAAUAGAUUUUGCAUCUUUUUAGAUUUAAUUGAACUGGUAAGCUUGAUCUAAAGAGAAGAUAGAAGCACAAUCAACCUAGUAUACGUUGCCCUACAAUUUAUUUACACUAUUACUGACUUGGCAAGGCACCAGCAAAAUGUGCAAUGAAAGGUUAAAAUUGAGAUCAAAUGUUUUAGAUUUGUGUAUUUGAUCUAAUCAAUCAUAAACUGAAGGUGAUAUAAAUUAUUAAUACUUAUAUUAAUGUUGAGUGCAAUCUAGCCCUUGUGUUGUCUGUACAGGAGUCAAAUACACAUCAGGAUUGUAGAAAUGUAAAUUAUAGAGGAGUGAUAUCAUCAGACUGGUCUAAAUGAUUACUAUUAUGUGUUUAAUAAAAUCCAUUCUAAUCUCUGAUUGUAGCCAAAAGACUAGCUAAUAAAGGACCUAAACCCACCCAUUCUACAUAUAAUAGAUAUAAAAUAAUCAAUUCUAAAUAAUGUUUGAAAAGUAAAAACAAAUAUUAAUAAACUCCCUGCUGCCACUCCCUGGUGCCAGAGCACCUGUCUAUUUUGCCCAUGUAAGCAUUAGGUGGCCAUUAGACAUAACAUAUCUAAUUUAUUAACACAAAAAGGAUAUUCUUGUAUUUGUGUUUUCUCAACUGAAUGUUUUUCUCUUUGUAGAUGUGUCUAAUUAAUUGUUCCAACUAAAAUGAACAGAUUACAGUAUAUAUCUUGAAUGGCAUGCUAUUAUGGCAAAUAGGAUAUCUGCUCUUCUUUAGAGUCAGGCCAUCUUAGGUGUAUCAACUAUUUACUUAGCAGAGUUUAAUGCAUGAAAGUCAAUGUUCUUCUGUUUGCCCCCCAUUAAUAAAUUCAUUAGAAGGAAGUUAGUUUCCUGCUGUGAGCAAACUGUCCCCAUUCAGCCUGAUACAAUGGAAUAAUUUCACAUUUAGUCCAGAAAAAUGAUAAACAAACCAAUCCUCUCCAGGUGUUUAAAUCCUUGCUUGUUCUUCUUAUACAAGCCUCCUUGAUUUUCCUUUAAAAUAAAGAAUGUACACAGGACAACAGCUUCCAGUUUCACAUAAAUUGUGUACUGUAGGAUAAUUGCUAACAGGGCAUUGCUAGUCUUGUUUCACACCUUGUUAGCACUGCAAUUAGCUUUCUUUACAUUUACUGAUUGCUGUUUUGCAUACUUGACUUAAUUCCAUCUUGGUGUAGAGCUUAAGGUACAGCUGUCUUGUAGCAUUGUUAUAAAUUGUGGCACAGGACAAACAGUGGACAUUUCAACUGCAAGAGGUCCAAGAGAGCAGCAACCUGAAGACAUGGUCCAUGCAAAGAUGUUGGGUUUACUGAUAAUGGUUAUUUUCCUGCAAGGAUGUACCUCAAGGCCUACUGAAACUACAGUGAACACAGAUGACCCCGAGCAUGUAAGAUCUGAAGCUCUGAAGAGGCUGUUAAAAGUUUUUGGCAUUGAAGAUCCACCACAUUCUCUUCAUCAUGUCAAACAACCACCCCAGUACAUGAUUGACCUGUACAACACUGUGGCUGAUGCAGAUGGUGUCACCAAGGACCCAGAUCUUUUGGAGGGGAACACAGUCAGAAGUUUCUUUGACAAAGUUCACAGUGACCAUAUGUACUUUUUGUUCAACCUCUCAACUGUAACCAAGAAUGAGAAGAUUUUGACAGCCGAGUUGCAUCUUUUCAAACUCAAGCCAAGACCUACAGAGCAAGCUUAUUUUAAAAGGCAUCAUUUCUGCCAGAUAAGUGUAUACCUGGUUCUGGAUAAAAACAAAAUGCAGCUGCCACAAGGAAGAAAGCUGUUGUCAUCAAAGCUUGUCCCUAUCCAUUCUUCAGGAUGGGAAGUGUUUUCAAUCACACAAGCAGUUCGUGCCUGGACUGAAGAAAGCCACAAUCAUGGUAUUCUUGUGACAGUGAGGAAUCUUGGAGGAGGCCAAGCUGAUACCAAUAUAAUUCGCUUUGCCUCAGGAAAAGAUCAUCAUGAAAGCAAGCAACCAAUGCUUGUUCUUUUUACUGAUGAUGGGAGAAGAGGAGUUGUGCCCAUUAGCAACCAGCCAGAUGGCCUUCCAUUGGUAGUACCCAAUGAACCUUAUAUACCAGCACCAAACAGAACAAGAAUGACAAGAGCAUUGCAAGAGGAUGGACACUUGCCCUGUCAAAGGCACCCACUUUAUGUUGACUUUGAAGAAAUUGGCUGGUCUGGGUGGAUUAUCUCUCCAAGAGGCUAUAAUGCAUACCAUUGCAAAGGAUCGUGCCCAUUCCCUCUAGGUCAGAAUAUGAGACCCACCAAUCAUGCCACAGUGCAAUCUAUAAUUAAUGCCCUCAAGUUGACACAAGGUGUGAACAGCCCAUGCUGUGUCCCUGACAAACUUUUCUCUAUAAACUUGCUUUACUUUGAUGAUGAUGAAAAUGUUGUUUUAAAGCAGUAUGAUGAUAUGGUUGCCAGUAGUUGUGGAUGCCACUAAAGACUAAAUGCAUAGCUGUCUCUUGGAAGUCAUUAAGGCAGGCAAUGCUACAUGCACAGAAUGGUCCCAUAAUGCACAGUUACCUGCUAAUUUUCUUAUGUUGAAUCAUUUUUAUAAAGCACUAAGGCAUAAUAGUAGCAUAUCUAUGGCAUUUCCUCCUUUAGGAGACAACUGAUACUGCGUCUACUUUCAGGCUACAAUAGAUGUUUGGAAAAAGUACCAAACUACAUUGAAUGUGGUAUGUUCAUAAGAGAAUUUUUUUUGUUGGUGUUAAAAUACAAGCUUCAAAUUUGGUCCUUUUUUUUUGGUAAUUUUGAUGAAAAGAAUAUCACUGUCUGCAGAGUAAUUCUUGCAGUCAAAAAUACCAGAACCCCGAUGGACCUUAAGAAAGUAAAUGGGAUUUGUCUAUGUUUGCUGCUUUUUGUUAUGGCUCAGGAAUAGUUUCAUUAUAAACAGAAGCUAUGAUGCUAGCAUGAACAAAAACCCAAGGCAGUGACUUUUUUGUAAUCUUUUAAGCAUAUCGCAGUCAAUAACUUGUUUUGCCUAUUUGUAAAUUUUGGAACACAGUGGAGGCAUUCUGGUUUUUGCCACUUUUGUUUUUACUUUUGCAUUAAAUGUUCUUUUAAAUAUUAAUUUAACAUCUGUAAUACAGGUAAGAGACUUACGUUUUUAAAUGAAUGAGUAGAAUUUACUUAUAUUCAUUCGUACAUUUAAUUGCCACUAUGUGGUUGCUAAUAUAAUAAUGGAAACCUGCAUGAAAUACUGUAACUUGUAUCAUAUGUACAUAAAUAAAUUGUUAAUAUAUGUGUGAAUCACUAGAUCUCAGAUUAGAG